AUGAAUGCAACGAGUAGGAAUAAUUUAUUAGAUGAAAAUAAGAACAUGAACAAUACAUUAAACACGAAAACAUUGUGGGUAGGUGAUAUAGAAAAGAUUAAGGAUGAGGUUGUUGACGAGAAUUAUAUUUUAUAUUGUAUGUUUUAUGAAUUCGCUGAUGAUAUAAUAAGAAUAAAAUUAUGUAAAGAAAAGAAUAAUCAAAAAAAUUCUUAUGCUUUUAUAGAGUUUUCUACAUAUGAAGUAGCAAAAUAUUGUUUUGAGAAAUUAAAUGGAAAAUGGAUACCUGGUAAAGCUCAUAAGUUUAAAUUAAAUUGGGCUAAAUAUAAUAUGAGUGAUAAUAUAACAACAAAUGAAAAGGAUUUAAAUAUUGAGAUAGAUGAUAAAGGAACUUAUUCUAUAUAUGUUGGUAGCUUACCUAUAAAUACAACAAAAGAAGAAAUCGAGAAUUUAUUCUGUAAUAUAUAUAAUAGUAUAUGCUUUGUUAAAAUGAUUAAGAAUUCUCAAAAAAGUCCACAUAAAAUUUAUUGUUUUAUUCAUUUUUUUAAUUAUGAUGAAUGUCUUAGAGCCUUGACAGAAAUGAAUGGAUAUAUUUUUAAAGGAUGUAAAAUUAAGGUCAGUAAAUCUAAUGGUAUUAAAAUGAAUCACACUAAUAUUAAUAGUAACAAUAUAAAUAAUAAUAUAAAUAAUAACAACAACAUUAAUAAUAAUAAUAAUAAUAAUAAUAUGAAUGGAAAUUAUUAUCAUAAUAAAAAUUUUGAUGGGAAUAUGAAUAAUUAUCAUAUGAAUAAAAAUAAAGGGAUUAAUAAUAUUAGAAUGAAUGAUGACAAAAAAAAUGGCAAUAAAAAUUAUACGUACAACAAUAAUAAUAAUAAUAAUAAUAAUAAUAAUAAUAAUAACAAUAAUAUUAACAGCAGCAACAAUAACGAAUUGAGUAAUCAUCAUUCUUAUGAACUUAAUUUUUACGAUCAUAUGAAUUCAAGUGUUAAUACAUUUCCUUCACAUUAUUCUACACACAAUGGUAGUACUAACAGUUUGUUAUAUGGUUCCAGUAAUUUUUCUACACAAUUAAAUCAUAUGAAUCAAAUGAAUUCAAUGAAUCAAUUGAGCCAGAUGAAUACUAUGAGUCAGUUAAAUCAGAUCAAUUCAAUGGGUCAGUUAAACCAAAUAAAUUCAAUGAAUCAAUUGAACCCAAUGAAUCAGUUAAAUCAAUUAAACCCAAUUAAUCAAUUAAGCCAGUUGAAUCCACUGAAUCAAUUAAAUCAAUUGAACCCAAUGAACCAAUUAAAUCAAUUGAACCCAAUGAAUCAAUUAAAUCAAUUGAACCCAAUAAACCAAUUAAAUCAAUUGAACCCAAUGAAUCAGUUAAAUCAAUUGAACCAAAUAACCCAACUAGGUCAUAUGAAUCAAGUGAAUUAUUUUACAAACCAAAUGAAUGUGAUACAAGAUUAUACGAACAAUAUUAAUAACAUGAAUAAUAUAAAUAGUUACGAUAGUAAUGAUAUGACAAGUGAGAUGAUAAAUGAUAUGAACAGUGAGAUGAUAAAUGAUAUGAAUAGUGAGAUGAUAAAUAAUAUGAAUAAUGACAUGAAUAAAGAUAUGAAUAAUGAAAUAAAUAAAAAUUUCAAUAAUAACAUAAAUAAAGAUAUCAAUAAUGUAUAUAAUAAAAAUAUAGGAAAUCAUGAUGAAAAUAUUUUAAAUUGUAAAAUGAAUGAUUGUACAUAUAUGAGUGAUAUGAGUACAAUUUAUUCGGAGAAUAAUAGGAAUAAUAUAAAUGAUACUAAAGAUUUAAAUAUUGUGAAUAAAAAAAACAAUCUUAUAGAAAAUGAUAUGAAUGGAUAUAAUAAUUCUUAUGAACUAAAUUUUUAUAACAACCACAGUACAAAUAAUGAAUAUGAAACUCAAAAUAAUACUAUGAAAAAUAAUAAUAAUAAUAAUAAUAAUUCUACGUGUGAAAUAAAUAUUAGUACUAAUAAUUAUUAUUAUGAUGGUUCUAUUAAUAAUGAUAAUGUUACUUAUAAUAAAGGGAACAAUGAUAAUAGAAAUGAAAAUAAAUCAAUUCAUAGUACAAAUAUUGAUGUUAUAGAUAAUAAUACUACUAAUGUUAAUAUGGAAAGUACAGACAAUGCAUGUGGUAAUAUGAAUGAUUUCUAG